UGCGAUACCUGUAUUUAAAUGAGCUGCAGCAUGACCGCGGCAGAGCGGCAGUAGGAGCUCAUCCUGAGACUGAAGUCAACGCAGCAGCUUUUCAUCCAGCGAGCAGGAGCACAGAGAAGCGUAACCAUGGUCGGGGAACAGCGCUUUGUAAUCAGUGUUCGCAUCAUUGGAGCCGUUCUCAGGGACACACCAAAACUCAAGAUGUUCAUGAUAUCUGUGUUGUGGUCUGACCAGACUGAGGUGAUUAUCUACAGGUCCUUUCAGAAUUUCAGGAAAUUUCAUAGCCAGCUGAAAAAGAGAUUCCCUCAUAUGAACCCUUUCCGGAGAAAUGACAGAGUGAUCCCCAAAUUUAGAGGGAAGGCCAGGAAGAACAGCCUCCAGCAGAAAGGAUCCAAGCGAUCUGUCCAACGCAUGAAGUUCCUGGAAAACUAUUGCGACAAACUGCUGAAAUGCGACAUAACUGUGACUCAGAGCUCAGAGGUCACACAGUUCUUCAUGCCCAAAGACCAUGACCUGCAGUCAGACUUCACCAAGAACAGCAUCGUGAUCCUGCUGUCUGAUGAUCUGCCCGAUGGCAGUGGAGGAGGAGGAGGUGGUGCGGCUCGUCAGCAUGCAAGCAGCGUCACCCACCCUUUUGUCACCAGGACUUACCGCUGUGUGGCUCCUUAUGAGACAAAAGACACCAAGAAUCGUCCAUUCAAGGUGGCUGUGGAUGAGAAACUGGAUGUCCUGAUCAAAGACCCUGCAGGGUGGUGGCUGGUGGAAAACGAGAAUAAGUGCUUGGCUUGGUUUCCUGCUCCUUACCUGGAGUUAUGGGAUGCAGAAGGAGAUGAUGACUCUGGAUUCCAGCUAGGAGGUACCCUGUACUGUGCCGUGAAGAAUUACUUGACUAACAAGGAUGACGAGGUUUCUGUGCCCAUUGGCUCUGUGGUUGAGGUGCUGAGAAAGUCUGACAAUGGCUGGUGGCUCAUCAGAUUCAAUGGAAAGACAGGUUACAUCCCCUCUAUGUACCUGCAGCCAUACAAUAACCCACGGACAGGCUUUUACAGCCUGCAGAGAAACCUGCAUAGCUCCACUCUGAACCUGGCAACCACCAGAGAACCUCAGGCUUCUUAUCAAUCCAACAUCAAUGAAGAAAUAAACCUGCAACUGGAUUCUGCAGAUCAGCCCAGACCUGCGCCAGGGCGUCUCCACAAGGCCCAAUCUCUGGAUGUUCUCUCUGACGGCUGGUUGCGAACGCAGAUGGAGAGGGGUGCCUCAACUUCAGACAGCCAUGCACACAGCAUGAUCAACACAAGCAGAGAGUCCAGCUUCUCUGGCCUCUCCUCAAACAGUGACUCAUCCUCAAAUUUCAAAGAGGAAGCGCAGCAACUGCGUCGCCAGCCCAGUGUCAACAAGAGUGGGCGCAGAAGCCCUGAUCCCAGUCUCUGUAGCCGCACCUCCAGUACAAAUUCCGAGGGCUCUGAAUCUUUCACCUCUGACAGCAGUGAGACGGCCUCAGUCACUCCCAGAGUGCCACCCAGACCCAAAACUGAGGAGAUCCUGACCCGCUGCACCACCAUGACUCGCAAGGCAGCCCUGUCCACUAAGACCCGGCUUCAGAUUCAGCCAGAGUCAGUCCACAGUCGCUAGGGAAUGGCUUUGAAAAUAAAUUCUUAAUCAUACUCUCUUGUUUACUACAAUGUUUUUGAUUUAUUAUGAACUCAUGUAAGUUUAAACUAUUCAACUUCACAGAUCUUUUCAUGGGUCUAUGGGUCAGUCAAAUGAGGCUUGUGCAGCACUGUGCAUAAAAGAAAACUGUACAAUGAAUUCCAUAAAAUGUCUAUGUCUGAAAAAAUGUCUAGAACUAUUGCAGUUGAUCAAAUGGAACAAAGCGUCCUAGGUACGAAUAUUUCACUCAGCGUAAGACUGUAGCUUCAGUGAAGCAUUCAAGGGAGCAGGUAGAAGAAAAUGUAUAGGUGACAUUUUCAUGCAGUGGUAAAACAAUGGGUUUUUUUUCUAGUUUUAAAGCCACUUAAGGUGUUGGAGUGUUGGAUUGUUGGAGUUGAAGAGGUUAAAUAUUUACAUUGUAUUUUACGUAUUCCUCUUUCCUCAAAUGUAUCCUCAUAGAGAUCAGGGCACAGCUGUAACUUCAACCUGUUGAAUGAUGACAGAAGAAAAACAUAUCACUUAAUUAAUAUGCGCCAUUUAUUUAACUUCUUACUAUUUUACCUGCUUGUAUAUUGUAUUCAACUAAUUUCUUUCUUUCUGAAGUUGAAAAGCAUACACAGACUCAUGCCUGUGCGAAGGCGUCUUAACUGACUUUCAAAUCAGCACAGUGAAAUCUGAGGGAUGUGGUAAACAAGCUAACAGCAGACAGAAAGGAAUGGCUUAUUCUGCAGCAUGAUUGUAUUUAAUGACAACCUUACCUUGACAACCGCUUAUUAUAUGAAUAUGUGGUUGCAGCCUUAUGCAUGCUAUGUACUGAAUUUUAACAUGUAAGAGCAAGGUGUGCAAGCCUUUGUGUGGGUUUCACAUGCACAGGUUAAUAAAAUCAGAUUUGUGAC